GUAAAGUCUAAUAUGCUCCGGUCUCUCCUGUCUCCUCCCGCUCGAACAGCACCGUCGCACUCUCUCGCCACCGCCGCGAUCCUCGCCGCCGUCGCUGGACCUCUCUCGGCCUCUUGACUUCCAACAAGCCUUGUUGAAAGUAACGAAGAAAUGAGGCAAGAAGAAGUGGAUCGAUGCCAGAUCCAAGAGUGGUACCCUAGAUUCAAGUCAGCAUCUAUCAAAACCCACGUUCAUCAGCUUCCGGAGACCUUUGUCCAGUACCUUCUUGGAGACUCGGGGCCAUUUGUUCUACCUAUUUCCAUCACAGGUGAUGAUGCCCUUCCCAGCAGGGUUCGUAAUCCUGUGGACAAAGAUGAUCUUGCGGUUUCAGAAGGAUCUGGAGAUGAAUCCGAGGAAUUCCCACCUCCUUCUUUUCCUGAACUCGAGUUAGAGAUCAAAGAAUCAAUUGAAUCACUGGGGGGUGCUGUUUUCCCUAAGCUAAACUGGAGCUCACCAAAAGAUGCUGCUUGGAUUAGUAGCAGCGGAAACCUUCGGUGCACAUCUCUCAGUGAGAUUGCACUCCUGCUACGUGCAUCUGAUUCGACAACCCACGAUCUCUGUCAUGCAUAUGAUUCUUCUAGUGACAAGACCUCGUCGAGGCCCCAGAGCUUUUUCCUUGCUCUACGGAAGUGGCAGCCAGCGCUUCGACUGGAGAUGGAAUUCCGUUGCUUUGUGAGGAAUAAGCUCCUGGUUGGGAUCUGCCAACGUGAGGUUACCACAUUUUACCCGGUCCUCCUUGAGAAGAAGGACCAUCUUAAAAUUUUGAUCGAGGAUUUCUUUGAAAAUGAAGUAUGUCCAAACUUUGAAUUGGAUAAUUACACGUUUGAUGUUUAUGUAACAAAGGAUGGGAGGGUUAAGGUACUGGAUUUCAACCCUUGGGGGGCGUUUACACUGCCACUCCUCUUUUCAUGGGACGAACUGAGUGAAGGGGUUGAUGAAAGCGUGGAUUUUAGAAUUGUAGAGAGUCGGUGUGCGGUUCGACCUGGUUUGAAAACAGCAGUGCCGUACGAUUACUUGGAUACGAGUCCUGGGAGUGGUUGGGACCAGUUCCUGAGAAAUGCUGAUGACGAGCUGAGGAGACAAAGUGAGGAGUCUUGGGGAGCGGGUGCUUAGUGAUUGAAUUUCAGUCAGUUUGAAAGCACAAACCAUCAUUUAUUGCUCUUGGAUUCUUAGGCAUGUUUUCUGUCAUGGCUUGAGGUUUGAAUUUGUUCCUUUUUGUGUUCAUAUUGUGAUCAGGAAAUUUUUUCUUUAUUGGUUUCCUUUGGUAUAAGACACAGUCAACAACUAGCUAAAGUUUAUUAUCCAUGUUCAUAUACUGCUGGAGUUUUUGCGGCCGGACUGGGAAUAUCCCAUAGGUGGUGAAGUCAUGAUCUCUGCUGCUUAUGGCUCUAUCCUUGAACACCUAUAAUCACUCUUAUCAAUUUUUGAUUCAAUAUUCUCUAGGAGGGCCUACUGGUUGUGAGGAAGCAGAGGCAAUUACUCCGAUCGCUCCAUUAACCCUGCCAAAGUUGAUGCUGGAAGAAACUGUUAGUUCAAGAGAGUGGAAUUAAGCCUCUUAUUUCAUGACCGCUGCUGAAACUGACCCACUCAAGAUAGAUUUCUUUUCCAAGCUCAGAAUUAUACUGAAAAAUAUGAGGGAGAGGAGAAAUCAUGGAAAGUUCAACAUACUCGGGAAUAAAUUAACUGAUAUAUAUACUUCAUCAGAAACAUCAUCAUCCGCGGAGGAGCAGCUAAUCAGGGGGAACUCAUAAUUUGUAUCGGUAGGAAAUGAAAUUGAAGGAUUAUAUAUAACUAUCUAUUUAUUCGAACAAAUUUUGGAGAGCUGGAGGCGGUGGCAUGUUCCUCAACUCUGCAAGCAGCCCUUACAUGCAGAUAUAUUCUUCUGUUAUUUGUCGGUGAUUGUGAAAUUGCUUAUGAGUUUAAGGGGGAUUGUCCAAAGGAAGAUAGAAUAUAGUGAAUCUCUAUCCAGAGUAUCUUUAUGAAACACGAUCAUUUCUCCUGAUUUAUUGUUAGUUUUCUCCUAUCUUAUAUGGACUUCUGAUCAGAGUAUAUACUUUUUAUUACAAUCAACUUCUCUUUUGUGGUUGAGUGGCCAAUUAUUCUUGCAGGAAGGCCAUCAAGGAGUUAUUUGCUGGGUUGAGCGCUGAGUGCUCAUGCAUCGAGUAUAUAUUUAAGGACUUCCUGCUAUCAUGCAAUCGGAGAAUAUAGAGAUCCGGUGUUGGGCCGUUUUUCUGUUCUACGGUGGUAUUAGGAGCCAUGUUGACAUUUACUGCUUUAACUUGGUAUGAAAUUCGAUGACAUAUGGUAAGGGCGAUGAUAGUGCGCUAGUCUUGGAACUAAAUUCUAUGAAAAAGAUUUGUGCUACAGUGUCUGGCCUUCUAUCAGGUAUCGGAUGAUGCAGAUAUAUACGCCCCUGUUACAUUGAAUGUUCUGCUAAUUUCCCCUGUUGCAGCAGUGAGCAAUGCUCCCCUGCAAGUAAAGUUUUUCUUUUUCUCGACAA